AUCCCUUCAAACUUCUCACAUUUUUUUUUCCUCUAAAAUGAACUGGAAAAGAGGUCCCAUCAUCGGCCGGGGAUCUUCAGCCACCGUCUCCGUCGCCACCACAUCCACCAACGACGUUUUCGCCGUCAAGUCCACCGACCUUGCCACCUCAAAGUUCUUGCAAAAAGAACAACAUUUUCUUUCAAAAAUAGCCCAUAAACAUGUGAUCAAAUACAUGGGCUUUGAUGUUACUUAUGAAAACAACAAACAAAUGUAUAAUCUUUUCAUGGAGUAUGCUAAAAGUGGCACAAUCUUUGAUAUGAUCAAGAAAAAUGGUGGGUCAUUAGAUAUAUAUUUAAUAAAAUCAUAUAUAUAUCAAAUUUUACUUGGGUUAGAGUAUCUUCAUGAUAAUAAUAUAGUACAUUGUGAUAUUAAAAGCAUGAACUUAUUAGUUUGUGAAGAGGGUAUCAAAAUUGGGGACUUUGGGUGUGCGAAAGUGAUCGAAAAUGGCGGUGUUUCGAGCUCUGUUUUUUCCGGUACACCGGUUUUUAUGGCGCCUGAGGUUGCUAGAGGUGAAAAGCAAGAAACUUUAGCUGAUGUAUGGGCAACUGGGUGUGUAAUUAUUGAAAUGGCAACUGGGUUUAAUCCAUGGCCGGAAAUUAAUGAUCCGGUGGCUUGUUUAUAUAAAAUUGGAUAUUCCGGCGAGUUACCGGAGAUUCCUAAGUGGUUCCCGGAAGAUGGGAAAGAUUUUUUGGAAAAGUGUUUGAAACUUGAUGUUCAAGAAAGGUGGAGUGUAAAACAACUUUUGGAACACCCUUUUGUGUGUAAUUUGAAUUCGGGUUUUGAAAUAAGGAAUUCGCCUACUAGUAUAUUGGAUCAAGGUUUUUGGGAGUCUUUAUCGGUGCCGGAAACUUCACCGGAGAUGAGUCAAAUUGGCGGCAUUGUUAGGGUGUCUCCGGUAGAGAGGUUAAGGCAAUUGGUUGAAAAUGGUUGUUCAAGUUUGCCUAAUUGGGAUGAUAACGAAGAUUGGAUCGCGGUUAGAAGUAAUGAAAUCGAACAAAUGGACGUCGAAUUAGGUAGCGAUUUUGGUAAUGUAGAUGUUGAGUUGAUUAGUUUUUCGAAUUCGAUUGUUGAUUAUGAAGAAGUUGAGCUUAAUAGUGUAGUUAGAGAUGAAGAUUACGAUGUUGUGGAUAAUUUGUUUGUAAUAAGAGUUCUUGAUUUUGAACAUAUAAUUAAUGAUAUUUUUUUGCAAAUGAAAGAUGGUUGGACACCCGGACUUUUGUCCAAGAAGUCACAGGUUCGAUACUCUCGGCCUGUGAUUGCCCGUCAGGAAUUUGUCAUGGCUUUCGUGGAGCUUUUACCGGGUGGGGCGGGCGGGCGGGGGGGAGGGGAUCGGGAAAAACAAAAAACGCAUUAUAAUCAGAUUAAGAGGAGUGAGAAAAAGGGGAGGAGGGAGCGACUUGUGCCAUGUGACAUGUGGGGUAAAAAGAGUUGCCCUUCAAAAAAAAUGUAA